AUGCCGGUUCAGGCCUCCAUCCGUAGCGGGUACUGGCGCUCUCUAACCGGGAUGGUGCCUGUUUUUAACCAGUCUUCAAAACUUAUUCAACAGCAGAAUAUUCAGACUAAGCAGAAACAUUGCAAGUGUAAUACAUGUGGAAAAGUCUUUAGUAACUCAUCAAAUGUAAGUAGACAUAGGAAAAUUCAUACAGGAAGGAAAGAUUUCAAAUGUAAAGCAUGUGGCAAAGCCUUUAAUCAGAGUUCAUAUUUAACUGAACAUCAGCGAAUCCAUGCUGGGGAGAAACCAUACAAAUGUACAGCAUGUGGCAAAGCCUUUAUCCGUUAUUCUUUUCUUAGUCGACAUCAGCGAAUCCAUACUGGGGAGAGACCUUAUAAAUGUACAGCAUGUGACAUGGCUUUUAAGCAAAGGUCAGCUUUAACUGAACAUCAGCGAAUCCAUACUGGAGAGAGACCUUAUAAAUGUACAGCAUGUGGCAAGGCCUUUAAGCAGAGUUCAAAUUUAACUCAACACCAGCGAAUCCAUUCUGGAGAGAGACCUUAUAAAUGUGCAGCAUGUGACAAGACUUUUAAGCAGCGUUCAGAUUUAACUGUACAUCACCGAAUCCAUACUGGCGAGAGACCUUAUAAAUGUACAGAAUGUGCCAAAGCCUUUAUCAAUUAUUCACUUCUUACUCGACAUGAACGAAUACAUACUGGGGAGACACCUUAUAAAUGUACAGCAUGUGGCAAGGCUUUUAAGCAGCGUUCAGCUUUAACUGAGCAUCAGCGAAUCCAUACUGGGGAGAGACCUUAUAAAUGUACAGCAUGUGGCAAGGCUUUUAAGCAGCAUUCAGCUUUAACUGAACAUCACCGAAUCCAUACUGGGGACAGACCUUAUAAAUGUACAGAAUGUGGCAAAACCUUUAUCAAUUAUUCACUUCUUACUCGACAUCAGCGAAUCCAUACUGGGGAGAGACCUUAUAAAUGUAUAGCAUGUGGCAAAGCCUUCAUUCGUUAUUUUUUUCUUACUCGACAUCAGCGAAUCCAUACUGGGGAGAGAGCUUAUAAAUGUACAACAUAUGGCAAGACUUUUAAGCAAAGUUCAGCUUUAAGUCCACAUCAGCAAAUCCAUACUGGGGAGAGACCUUAUAAAUGUACACACUGUGGCAAAGCCUUUUCCCAGAGUUCAGGGCUUUCUCGACAUCAGAGAGUUCAUACUGCAGAGAAAUGUUAG